AAAACAAAAAAAAGGAAGGCGAGUCCAACUUCGUCUUCGGAGACAGAAACUACUGACAGUGACACUUCUACCUCUGAGUCUGAGGCUCAAGAAGACUCAGAGGAUUCAGGAAGAAAACACCCCAGCAAAAAGGGGAAAAAAAUGGACUCCAGAAAAAGAAAGCAGAGGCAAGAGGAGUCAGAUUCUGAUUCAGAAUCUGAAUCUGAACCAAGUGAUGAGAGUGAAGAAUCAUCACCUGCGGAGAAGGAGAAGAAAAAGAAAAAAACAAAAACAACACCAAAAGAAACACAACAAGAAAAGAAAAAAGUUGUUGUGGAGGAUUCACCUCCUGAAGAAGAUCAAUACUUUGACGGUGAGAGAUAUGAAAUAUCAAGUGACGAAAUCGAUGAAUGGCUAAGGGGAAACGUUGAUAAAUCUGCUGCGGAGGGGGAGAACCUAGCUGACCUGCGAUCGACAGAAGGUCGCUAUGUGUCCUCUGAAACGUUGAGUCCGACUGACUCGAAUAUGAUGGUUGUGAGGGAACAAACACCGUCGGAAGCGCUUGCAAUAGUCCCGAUCCAGGUUUUUGUGCCGGCAUCCCAAACAACCCCUGAGACAGAUUUCGAACCAACCCCUAUGCUACGGAUUGAAGGGACUAUAGAAAAGUAAGAAAUAGUAUUGGGUGUAUAUUUGUUUAGGGUUUGGGUGUAUAUUUGCAUACAGUUUGGGUGUAUAUUGUUCCUGAUCAAUUUUUU